GAAACACAUACUAGUAGAGAAUGGCGAGUUUCGAAGUCGCCGGAGCUGAGUCCCAUCGGCCGGAGAAUAUGUCCAACAUCAUUAUAACUGAUGAAGAGAUAGGAGAGAAGGAAGAGAACGACAGUCCAGUAGAAGAAGUCCGGCUUACCGUGCCGAUAACCGACGAUCCGACAGAACCGGCACUGACGUUCAGGACAUGGACACUGGGGACAAUAUCGUGCGUACUGCUUGCGUUCGUGAACCAGUUCUUCCAGUUGCGGACGAACGUACUAAGCGUGACAGCAGUCUCGGUUCAGAUCAUCGCUCUGCCGCUUGGGAAGUUAAUGGCCGGGACCCUGUCGAGGAGGAGGUUCGGGUUUCCGGGGACGAACUGGACGUGGUCACUGAACCCGGGACCUUUCAGCAAGAAGGAACAUGUCCUCAUCACCAUAUUUGCCAGUGCAGGUUAUUCAGUAGCUUAUGCCACAAACAUUAUCAUCGCCGUCAAAGUGUUCUACCACCAAAAGCUUGAUGCUCUGCCCGCUAUGUUGCUCGUCCAAACGACUCAGUUGCUGGGAUAUGGAUGGGCUGGACUGUUUAGGAAAUUCCUGGUGGAUUCGCCAUAUAUGUGGUGGCCUUCCAAUUUGGUUCAAGUCUCCCUCUUCAGAGUGUUGCAUGAGAAGGAGGAGAAGCGUGAAGGCCAGCGCACACGGCUGCAAUUCUUCCUCCUCGUCUUUUUAGCGGGCUUUGCUUACGCCAUUGCCCCAAAUUACAUUUUCCCUUCCAUAUCGGCUAUUUCCGUUGUUUGCUGGAUAUGGAAGAACUCGGUGACUGCCCAUCAGAUCGGUUCAGGGAUGAAUGGUCUUGGCAUCGGAUCUUUCGGCCUUGAUUGGUCAACGGUCGCUAUGUUAGGCAGUCCUUUGGCUGUUCCUUUCUUUGCCAUUCUCAAUAUCUUUGUCGGUUUUGCCAUCUUCAUUUACAUAGUCCUCCCUAUCUUGUACUGGGGCAACUUCUAUGACGCCAAGAAGUUCCCAAUAUAUAUUCAAGAUGUCUAUGAUCAAACCGGGGCGCAAUUCAACACCACACACAUCCUCAAUCACAGCACGUUCGAUAUCAAUUUGCCCGCUUACGAAAGCUACAGCAAGCUGUACAUGUCUGUCGUGUUAGCCUUGGUCUAUGGACUUAGCUUUGGUAAUCUCACAGCCACCAUUUCCCAUGUUGCCCUCUUUGAUGGAAAGUUUAUAUGGGAGAUGUGGAGAAAGAGUUCAUCAGCGGCCAAGGACAAAUUCGGAGAUGUGCAUACGAGAUUGAUGAAAAAGAACUACAAAGCAGUACCUCAAUGGUGGUUCACAGUCAUUUUGGUCAUAUCUUUUGGACUUUCCCUCUGGGCCUGUGAGGGCUUUGAUAAACAACUUCAACUCCCAUGGUGGGGGCUUAUACUCGCAUGUGCCAUCGCCUUGUUCUUUACCCUGCCCGUCGGAGUAAUCCAGGCAACAACAAACCAGCAAAUGGGACUGAACGUGAUCACUGAGUUGGUCAUCGGGUACCUCUACCCUGGAAAGCCUUUGGCAAAUGUAUCCUUUAAGACAUAUGGAUAUAUAAGUAUGUCCCAAGCGCUAACCUUCCUCCAAGACUUUAAACUGGGCCACUAUAUGAAGAUCCCGCCGAGAUCUAUGUUCCUUGUCCAGUUGGUCUCAACUAUUGUCGCAUCGACCGUCUGCUUUGCGACAAUAUGGUGGCAAAUCAUAAACAUUGAGAAUGUCUGCCAGACAGACUUGCUUCCCAAAGAUAGCCCAUGGAAAUGUCCAGGCCCAAGGCUAUUCUACAAUGCUUCAAUCAUAUGGGGAGUCAUCGGUCCGGGAAGAAUGUUCACAAAUAAAGGUGUCUACCCAGAGAUGAAUUGGUUCUUCCUAAUUGGCAUCCUCGCCCCUGUUCCUGGUUGGUACCUGUCAAGAAAGUUCCCAGAAAAGAAAUGGAUCAAGCAAGUCCACAUACCCUUGAUCUUUGCAGGGUUGAACGGGGUACCAUAUGUAAAAGCCGUGCAUUACUGGUCUUGGUUCAUCGUUGGGGUUAUAUUCAACUAUUUCAUAUUCAGGAAGUUCAAGGACUGGUGGGUAAGACACACCUACAUUAUGUCUGCGGCUCUGGACGCAGGCACUGCAUUCAUGACGGUAGCUAUCUUCUUUGUGUUCCAACACAAUGAUAUUAACAUUCCCCAUUGGUGGGGGACCACAUCCGGUGACCAAUGUCCUUUGGCAUCAUGUCCUACGGCCAAAGGAAUGGUCACCAAGGGUUGUCCGGUCUUCUAAGGAAUCCUCAAGAAGGCUCUCGUGGAUGAGAAGGUUGCUCCAAGUUGUGAUUCAUGAAGGUGAUUGAUUGCUGUCCAAGGACAAGCUGCAGAAAAAUUCGAUUGUUGGACGAUUGCAGAAGUGCUGUAAACACUGUUAUUAAGAAGUGAUUGAUUAACACGUAACUAGUAAAUUUGGUUC